CACUCACUCACGAGUUGGCUUGCUUGCUAGUCUACACAAAAGGGCUGUCUCCUCCAGCUUCUAGCUUGCAAGUCCAUUUCAAUGGAAAGCAUAAGCUUUCUGGGUUUUCUUUCUCUGCUUCUAACUUUGACUAGUUUUUCUUCCCGAGCCGAGGCUCGAGCUUUCUUUGUUUUCGGCGAUUCUUUGGUUGAUAAUGGCAACAACGACUACCUCGCCACCACUGCCCGCGCCGACUCCUACCCUUAUGGCAUUGACUCUCCGACUCACAGAGCUACCGGUCGUUUUUCAAACGGGCUUAACAUCCCGGAUAUUAUCAGUGAGCAAAUGGGCGCGGAAACCACGUUGCCGUACUUGAGCCCACAGCUCACCGGAGAAAGACUGCUUGUCGGUGCUAACUUUGCUUCUGCUGGGAUUGGAAUUCUCAACGACACCGGAGUCCAAUUUCUAUACAUAAUCCGAAUGUACCAACAACUGUUGUACUUUCAACAAUACCAACAACGGUUGAGCGCUCUCGUCGGAGCCGACCAAGCUAAGCAGAUUGUAAACGACGCGCUGGUCCUCAUCACCGUAGGAGGCAACGACUUUGUGAACAACUACUACUUGGUCCCCUUCUCCGCAAGAUCUCGCCAAUUUGCUCUCCCGGACUACGUUGUCUAUGUCGUUUCGGAGUACCGAAAACUUUUAAUGAGAAUAUACGAGCUGGGAGCACGGAGGGUUUUGGUGACAGGUACAGGACCGCUGGGCUGUGUUCCGGCGGAGCUGGCCAUGCGUAGCAGAAAUGGUGAGUGCUCGGAGGAGCUGCAACGAGCCACAAACUUGUUCAACCCACAAGUGGCUCAACUGCUUAAUCAACUUAACAGAGAGAUUGGGUCGGAUGUGUUCGUUUUCGGAAAUGCUUUUGACAUGCACAUGGAUUUUGUUAGCAAUCCUGGAGCUUAUGGAUUUGUAACAUCAAAGAUAGCAUGCUGCGGGCAAGGGCCAUACAACGGGAUCGGACUAUGCACGCCGGCGUCCAACCUGUGCCCGAACAGAGACAUUUAUGCUUUUUGGGAUCCAUUUCAUCCAUCUGAAAGGGCCAACAGGAUCAUCGUACAAACAAUCAUGACUGGAUCCACCAAGUACAUCAACCCAAUGAAUCUCAGCACCCUUCUGGCCGUCGACUCCAGGACCUGAUCGUCUUUUGCUCUUACAAAUCACGUCUUUAGAUCUUUUUAUGUAUUCAUGUUAGUUUGAAAUUGGGUGGUUAUUAAUUAUAUUGUCUUUCUUAUCAUGGAAAUUGUGUAGAGUACGAUGUUUCAGAUUCAUAUAUAGUUUUUGGGGCUAAUAAAUAAAAUCAUUAGUGCUUACUGCUUACUUUA